GUUUUUUAAGACAGAGGCUGGCGAAGAGGAAUGAAGAAUCUGCCCAAAGCCAAUGCAAAUGUUGAGAUGAGGGCGGGAAAUGGGGACCCAGAAGGGAGAACCAGGCCAGCUGUCUGGCAGAGGCAGGGCUAGCAGGGCUCCUUGGCUGUCACCUUGCUGGGAACAUCUCGUGUGCUUGCUAAUCCUGUUCAUUUUGUUUGUAACCUUUACUCUCCUCCCAUUGUAAGGGGGCGGGUAGGCUUGUUGCUCCUGCUCUCCCAUUUCGUUUCGCAACCACUUCCACUUUCUGUGCAAGUGGCUGCUGGUGGUGGAGAUGCAGCUGCAGUUUCUCUCCCCUUUGGCCGUUCUCUGGGAGAAUGUGUCCUUCCGGACCUUCGCGGCGUUCACGGUUGUGGGGCUGCUGAUCGCUGAUUGUAUGAAGAGGAGCCGUCCAGCAAAUUUCCCUCCAGGACCACUGCCCCUUCCAUUCCUGGGUCACAUAUUCCAUCUGGACUUCAAGCAGCCUCAUCUCUCCAUGAAGAAGCUUGCUGAAAAAUAUGGCAACAUUUUCAGCCUGCAGCUUGGUUACAAGAUGCUUGUGACUGUGAAUGGGUUGCAGCUGGUGAAGGAAGCACUUGUUCAUCAGGGUGAAAACUUUGCAGAUCGUCCCCAGAUCCCCAUUAUGCUGGAGGUCCGCGGUAGCUUGGGACUGGUCUCUGCUAAUGGGUAUAGCUGGAAAUAACAGAGACGAUUUGCCCUAUCAACUCUGAGAAACUUUGGCGUGGGGAAGAGAAGCUUAGAGGAGCGCAUACAACAGGAGAUCGGGUACCUCAUUGAGGCAGUUGAGGAAGAGAAAGGGAAUCCUUUUGACCCCCACUUUAAAAUUAACAACGCCGUUUCCAACGUUAUACGUUCCAUCACUUUUGGCAGCCGGUUUGAGUAUCACGACAGGCACUUCCAGAAGUUGCUGCAGUUGGUGGGUGAGACGCUGUACCUCCGUGGAACUGUUUGGACCCAGCUGUAUAAUUCCUUUCCCACCCUAAUGAAGUGGCUCCCAGGACACCAUCACACCCUUUUUAAAAACUGGGGAAAACUGAAAUGUUUUGUGAAAGAAGAGAUUGCAAAGCACAAGGAGGACUGGAAUCCAGUGGACACCAGGGACUUCAUUGACUGCUAUCUGAAGGAAAUCGCAAAGAAUGAAGCCAGUUCAUCUUUCCAUGAAAAUAAUCUUUUAUUUUCUACACUGGACCUUUUUUUUACUGGAACUGAAACAACCUCCACAACCAUCCUCUGGGGCCUACUGUACAUGGCCAUGUAUCCAGAAAUUCAAGAGAGAGUGCAAGCGGAGAUCGACACGGUGAUUAGCCAGUCCCGCCAGCCAGCCAUGGACGACAGAGACAACAUGUCAUACACCAACGCAGUUGUGCAUGAAAUUCAAAGGAUGGGCAACAUUGUACCUUUAAAUGUGCCCCGAAUGACAACCAGGGACACAACGCUGGCUGGAUUCCACCUGCCAAAGGGUACCAGUCUGAUCUGCAACUUAAUGUCAGUGCUGUUUGACAAGAAUGAGUGGGAAACUCCCGAUGCCUUUAACCCUGAGCACUUUCUGAAGGAUGGACAGUUCAGAAAGAGGGAAGCUUUCCUGCCCUUCUCAGCAGGGAAAAGGGUUUGCCUGGGAGAGCAGCUGGCUAGAACGGAGCUGUUCCUGUUCUUUGCCUCCCUUUUUCAGAAGUUCACGUUCCAGGCUCCAAAGGAUGUGAAGCUCAACCUCCGGUUCAGAAUAGGACUCACCAUGAACCCUCAGCCCUACAAAAUCUGUGCCCUACCUCGCUAGGGAGAGGUGGGAAAAAUUUGCCAUUACCUUAUUUCUCAGAAUUGUUGUAGAUGGUGCUGCGAGCCCCAUGCCCUGGUCCCCAAAUGCCCCUGUCUUCUCUGUAUUAGAGGCGCCACAAAAAGGGCAAUAGCUUGUUUGGGCUAUGUACAGUCAAAAAGCCUGAGGCUCAAUUAAUUCAAUUCUGGCAGGUUAGUCUAAACUGUGCAAAUUGAAAUGAUAAGUGAACAGACAUUCAUUUCUGAUUGUGGAAGAUCAGGCACACUGGCCCAGGCCAGAAGCCAGGGGUGCACUAGAGCAGGGGUUGUCAACUGGGGGUAUGCGUACCCCCUUGGGUACUUGGGAAGGCCUCAGGGGGUACACACGGGGACAGAGUGCCGCCACCCAUCACCCUGUGCUACCAGCACCCAGGGGCAGGGCCGGGGGGGGUUGGGGGGACAAGGGCAGCAGCACCCCUCUGUGAGCCACACAAGCACCACCCGGCCAGCCGGACCUGGGGUGGGGGAGCUUCUCACCACCCUGCACUGCUGCUGCACCGCGUCCAGCUGCCGGGGCUAUACUUAUUUAAAAAGUUGAAAACCCCUGCGCUAGAGCAUGCCUCCCUGUUUGGCUGGAGCACAAAGCUUGGGUCAAAGCUAGCCUCCCUCCACACCCCCGUGGGAUGCUGGGGGGACUGGGAGUUCAUUUGAAUCUGGAGGAGAUCUGGGACAGAAGUUCAAUAAAGUGAUUUAACAUAAAUCAGUUCAGUCUGAUACUACAUCCAUUCAGGUUUAUCUUUAAAACUGGUUUUGGCCAUUUUGAAAGGGGUUUAUGCACAGGUGGGCAGGGACGGAGCGCCACCACCCACUACCCUGCGUGAUGCCGCUCAGGGCCGGGGGGGGUGAAGGCAGUGGUACCCCUCUGCAAGCCGCACAGGUGUCGCCCAGCUGGCCGGACGCUGGGUCGGGAGAGCUCACACAUGGCAGCUGCCAGCACCACUAACCACCCCACGCUAUCACUGCUCCACGCGAAUGGCAGCCACCACCCCUCCCCACUCUGCAUCCAGCCGCACGCCACCCCCCACCCCACUCCACGUCCACCGAUCAGGGGUACACUUAUUAAAAAUGGUUGAAAACCCAUCAUACAGCAAAGUUCAUUGCAACUGAGCUGCCAAGAUCCCAAAUCUGGCUAAAACACACAACAGAACCUUUCAGAAAAAGCUUCUGCAAGCAUUCCUAAACCAGAGCCGGGCACAAUGCAUGCUCUGUGCCUAAUGUGGACACAGCCUUUACAGCCAGAGUCAACUAAACCUUGUAAAAACUAAGCAGGGUUUAGGCAGCAUUUCAGCACUGUGUUUCAAAGAGUGAGCCAAAUCCAGUUGCAAAACCGCCUCCUGCUUACAGUUGAACCUGAAAAGUUCCCCGAGGUACCUAGACCAGUGCAUACUCAGAAGUGAUCCAUACCUGGCACCUCAUCAAUACCUCAGUCUUGCUCUGAUCUAUGUUUGGUGAAGGAUGACCUUAAAUACAAUAAAUAUUUACUUGCUGCCCUUCAUACUCCAGCACACUUGGGCAAAUAAAGCACCGAGUACACGUGGUCAAGCAGCCACUGCAUGACAAGCUACCAAAGCAGAGGAUGAAGCAGAAGAUGCCCUUCUCUGUUUUCCCAUCUCAGGGUGAAGAAAUAACCCUUUCUCCCAUGCUGUUUUUGUCUGGUGUCUGAGCAAAUCCACAAUCUUCACAAUGAAGGGCAAGUGACAGACCUGGCCCAACACAGCUUUCCCAACUGCUAUGAGAGAGCACGGCCGCCGAGUCUUGUGUGUGCUUUAAGCAUCUAGAGUCUGAACAAGAGUCCAGCCACUGCUCCGGUAGACCUUGAGGCAUGCUCUGGCUUAAACUCCUUCCUGUUGCUUGAUUGUGCCAAUGCCUGAUUCCUACAGAGCUUGAAUACACCUCCGCCCACCCCGGAAGUGGGAGAUUUCUGAUUUGCACAUUUUGCCUCUUUCUUGAGUAGUCAAGAAUGAGCAUUUUGACACGAAUGCAGGCUUUGCACAUGGGUUCCAAAAAUACUAUUGCCUUAUUGAACAGGCAAAGCACAAGAAAGUAAUUAUGCUGGAGGGUAAUAGGAUUCAGAGAGACUUGGACAAAUUGGAGGACUGGACCAAAAGAAAUCUCAUGAAGUUCAACAGCACAAGGGCAAAGUUGUGCACUAAGGAUGGAACAAUCCCAUGUGCCAGUACAGGCUGGGGACCAACUGGCUAAGGCAGCAGCUCUGCAGAAAAGGACCUGGGGGUUACAGUGGACCAUACUCGGAAUAUGAGCUAACAACAUGCCCUUGUUGCAAAGAAAGCUAACAGCAUACUGGGCUGUGUUAGUUAGUAGGAACAUUGCCAGCAGAUUGAAAGAAGUGAUUAUUUCCCUCUACUCAGCACUGGUGUGGUCACAUUUGGAGUACUAUGUCCAGUUUUAGGCCUCCCACUAUAGAAAAGAUGUAGAAAAAUUGGAGAGUCCGGUGGAGGGCAAUGAAAAUGGUUAGGGGGGCUGGGGCUCAUGACUUCUGAGGAGAGGGCGAGGGAACUGGGCUUAUUUAGUCAAGAGAAGAUUGAGAGGGGAUUUAAUAGCAGCCUUCAACUACCUGAAGGGGGGUUACAAAGAAGAUGGAGCUGGACUGUUCUCAGUGGUGACAGAUGACGGAAGAAGAAGCAUUGAUCUCAAGUUGAAGCAAGGGAGAUUUAGGUUAGAUAUUAAGAAAAGCUUCUCUCACUACAAGGGUAGUAAAGCACUGAAACAUGUGACCCAGAGAGGUGGUGGAAUCUCCAUCCUUGGACAUUUAAGAUCUGGGCUGACAAAGCCUUGGUUGGGAUGAUAUGGUUGGGGAUGGUCCUGCUUUGAGCAGGGGAUUGGACUACAUGACCUCCUGAGGUCUCUUUCAACCCUAAUUUGAGGACAGUCUUUUGAAAAACAUCCCGUUACAUUCCUUGCUUAAGUGCUGCAAUACUGAUACAUGACAAGCAGAACUAGGAGUAAUCAUCUUCUAAGAGUUUGAGAGCCCUCUAGCGGUGCUCAGCCUGGGUCAGGUUUCAAAACCACUGCUAGAGUAGCAGUGCAUAUAGGCAGCAUGAUGUGCAUGUUAGUAAAGAUUUGCAUCCCCCUCUGCCAAUGCAAUUCCUUCAAGUUACACAUACUGUUUUUUUGCUUUUUACACAACAACAGAACACAGAAAUCACUGUCCAUAACUAGGGAGCUACCAAAAUCGGGAUUUCGCAGAAAUUGUGAAAUCCGGCCUUGCCUGGAAAAAGUGAGCAAAAAAAACAACCCUUAAGCAAACAUUCUGAGAGAUCAAACCCUAGGAGCCUUUUGAAAGGGGGUUGUAAAAGAAAGGUCACCGCAGUGCUAUGGAAAAUCUCCCAAAGCAAAAUUUAAGAUAAACUAAAUAGUCAGCAGACAAAUUCCGUUGUGGAAGACAAACUGACCACCUAACAAAACCUGUUGAGUAAGAUCUGAGCCCAAAUUUGGGAGUAGUGACAGGUUUGGGUAGGAGGGGCCCAAGACGGCAACUUACCCAAUAAAAACUGUAACCUACUGUCUCAAUUUGGAGGUAACCUCACUUGCAGAACAACGAAGGAAGAAUCACAAGUGUAGGCUGGAUCAGACUGAUCACCUGAACCACCCUCUCCGUGAACAAGCACUCUUGUUCACGCUGAAGCCCUGGAGCGCCCGGAGUGGGACUGAAGGAAGGGGACUUAGUCCUAUUACUGCUGAGACCAACCCUAAAACCAUAACUAAAGAAUGGAAGUAUAUCUGCGGAUUUGGUUUCUUGGAAUUCUAGGAUUGUAAGCAUGAGAAAUAACAGUAGUGAUUCGAAUUUAACCUUUAGUUGUAAUUGGAACUGGUUUUGCAAUACUAAUUCUUAUAGCAUUGUUUGGGAAGGAAGUGCGUUUGGAGCAUUGUUUCUGAUAUAUGUAGUUGUUGUGUUUUUAAUGUUUGUGGUAUUUCUUAAAGCUAAGCAGUGUUAUAUGCGUAGUAAGGAGUUUUAAUAAACAUCUUAA